GUAGCUGCAUCCCACCAAUCAACAUAAAGAAGAAGAUACACUAGUGCGCAUGCGCAGUUAGUUUGCUGACCUUCCAAACAAGCAUGGCAGCUCGGGCACUUGCAAAAGGCCUUUGUGGGCUGCGACCCUCCCGGGCUGUUACAGUCGGCUACACCUGUGGUGGACCCCAGUACGCCACUGCAGCGUCCAUAAAGUCAUCACAGCCCCCAGCUGAGGAUGUGACAGAACAAAUGAUAAAUCAGACACUUGAGAAGCCGGACUAUUUCCGUGUGUCGGAGCUCAUCUCGUUGAAGGAGAUGUUUGAUGCCAGAGUUCAUCUGGGCCACAAGAAGGGCUGCAGACACAGGCUCAUGGAGCCUUACCUGUACGGCUGCAGACUGGAGCAGGACAUAAUCGAUCUGGACCAGACUGUAGAGCACCUCCAACAAGCCCUGAACUUCACAGCCCACGUAGCAUAUCGCGGGGGCGUCAUCCUAUUUGUCAGCCGCCGCCGUCAGUUUAGCCACUUGGUUGAGAACACCGCUAAGGACUGUGGGGAAUACGCACACACGCGGUACUGGCAGGGCGGCCUCCUCACCAACGCCCCCGUCCAGUACGGCCCAGGAGUGCGCUUACCUGACCUCAUCGUCUUCCUCUCCACGCUCAACAAUGUGUUCCAGCAGCACGUGGGAAUCAGAGAUGCUGCGAAGAUGAACAUUCCCACGGUGGGUCUUGUGGACUCGAACUGCAACCCCAGCCUGGUGACGUACCCAGUGCCUGGGAAUGAUGACACUCCAGCUGCCAUGGAGCUGUACUGUCGCCUGUUCAAGAUGACGAUCAACCGCGCCAAGGACAAGAGGAGGCAGAUGGAGCUGCUGCAAGGCCUGUCGGCUCCUUCCAAGUCCAGCUCAUGACAGAGUAUAUUAUAAAGUAAAAGACAUUUAUAAUGCAUUUCAAGGUCAAGAUCGUCUGCUGCACCUCUUCAUCAUGCUCCUGCACAGAUCUGAUGCGAAAGUUUGCAGAUGAAGAAUCUUGUUUCUUCUGACAUUAAUAUUUACUGUAUAAAGAAGUAAAACCAAUGUCACAACCCUGGUGUCCACAUUAAACUUUUGUUAUCCACUGACAA